ACGUAUCAGCAAUGAGUAUGGCUGAAAUACUUGAAUUCAGUAAUUUGAAGGGAUUUCCCAGUACUUUUGUCCAUACAGUGUAAAUGUUCAUAAAAUUUCACCUUCUCUGCCAGUUGAUCCUCAAACUGCUCCAUUUGAUUUUGCAAUGCAGACCUAUUUACAUACAUCUUCACAGAAAUGUACAUCAGCCUUAAGCUAUACAAUAUCCUGAAUAUGUUAUUUUUUGAAUGCAAUGAGCAAAUUAACAUUCAGCUGUAGAAAAUGUCCAUUAGAUUGUUUAAAGAUAGAUUCCAGCUGCAGUCUGUGCCAUGGCAUUGUAAUGGCUGUGUUGAUGUAGUGGCAGUAGCAUAAGUUCAUUAGUUCAUAGCAUGUAGUUCAUUAGCAUAAGUGAAAUGCAAGCAACCAUCCGUCGAAUCCACACUGCUUCUGUCUCAGUUUAUUUACAUAAGCGGAAAUUUUUUAUUUACAUCAGCUCCUGUUUAUUCUUUUCUAAUUAAACACUUUUACAGUACAUUUGAACUCUGACAGCAUAAACAGCAGAUGUUUCCUGCACCAAAAUCACAGUCACAAGUUUUUGAUUAUGAUUUAGAUAUUAUUCAUAACACUAUAAAAAGUGGGUGUGUUUGAUUUUAAUUGAUUACUGUGGAGUUUAUUUCUCAGUGGAAAAAUACACUUAAAAUACAGAAUAAGUCUAAAGAAAUGCAGCAGAACAGGCGUUGCGUUUUUUCAGAGGUAGGAUGGCAUUUAGCAGAUGGUAUGGAUUGAAAUAUUGAUUAAAAUGGAAGCAAAUCUGUUCCAUCAGAUGGACAUAAAAAUACUUCAGAAAUGCUUGAAUUGUCCUUUAGUGAGACAGUGAGUGACACUUGGCCGUUUUGGCUGGUAUCUGAAUUGUAACCUAAGAACCUAAAAAAUUAACCUCAUGCAUUUACACUUGGUAAUCAGAUGCGUCUCCGGUUAGUCACAUUGAAAUCUGAUUGCUGUAUGGUACAUAAUAUGCUAUUCAGCUCAUGGACAGCUGCCUGGUUUAUCCUCCUCUUUUCUUUUCCAUUCACAAGAUGGCUCACGCCUCAAAAAUCACAAUUUUGCUUGUAGUUUUUCAUUUUGUUACAUAUGAUUUACACUAAUAUUUACAAGAAGACAGCUGUUCAAAAUAAUUAGCCUCCUGUAUUAGUUAUGGUGGAAAUGAAUUACAUACAUUAAAUGUAAUAUAGUGAGACAGUAAGUAACAGCGAGGCAAAGUACAGAUUAACCUGGUACUUUGAGCUACUAGCUUGGGCCACUGUUGGAUGCUACAGAAUUAAAAUCAGAGAAGAAAAUCAUGAUGAGCUGAUCAGAAGGAGCAGCAAUGCCUCUGUUUAGUGGUGGCAGUCCAGUGGGCUUUUUUCCUUCUAUGCAGAACAGCAGGGGGAGGCGCCAUCACAGUCCUGGGUGGAAUUUGGGCUGUUGAGUGUGGCUUGGAGAAAGGGAUGCAUUUACACUUAUAUAACAUCGGUUGAAAUAUAUGUAAGACCACCUGCUGCAGUGGUCUGAGGGAUCAGAUUUAAAUAUGUCUUAAAUGUGGCUUGGGUGCCUGCAUUUUUAUAUUGAUAAUCUCUAUCCAGAUGUAAUCCUGAUGCUCAAGACGCAUGAAAUUAUGAGGCGUAAGUGGAAUCUUCGGGCCACUUUACACCUGGCACCUUUUUUAGCUUCUUUCCCGUAUGUUGACAAAUGCCAUUAGCAAUCCAUGUGAUCCAAACCGUUGUAACAUUCCUUACAUUUACGCAAACAUAGACUUGCAGGAGUAUUCAUAAUGUCUAACAAGAAGCAUAGUGAGAGACUGACAGUAAAUGUGAACAAAACUCUUCCUGUAGUCACAAAAUUGAUGAUCAUUGGAGACCCAUUGAGACACAUGGAAAUGGUAUGAAUAGCUAUACGUCUUGCUGUCCACUUAAGAUCAGAUCACUCAGACAGAUGUUAAUACUAGGGAUGUGCAUACCAGCUAAUUUUGAUAGUCAAGUACCUGUAAAGGAUAUUGAUUGGAUAACUGGUUAACUGUGGGGAAAGAAAGAAAUCGGCUGAAGUCAAUGAAGGGCUGUAAAAAGGCUUACAGUUUUAGGUGGCAGCACUGGUCUUGGACGAAAACAUAACAGCACACAGAGGAAUACAUUUAAAAGCAUUUAAUUAUUCACGUAGAUUUGAGGGAUAUCAUCGCUAAGCAGUACAACCCUGGAUGGUGAGUUCUCAUCUUCUUACAGGUGGUCUUUUUUCUUCAGUGGACGAAGGGGCAACAUAUUAAUUUUUGUCAGAGAAAUAUAGUUUCACUGUUCCUGGACAUACCUAACAUCAGCGAGAGUAACUUUUUUUAGCUAUGUUAACGGUAAAGCCAGCACCGUCUCUGCCUUCCGGGUCACAUCCUUGACAGUGCGUUCAAGGCAAUGCACUCAUGUUAAGGUCUUUGUGUUGGCAAAGUUUAUUAUAAUAUUGUGGCAUCAGCAGUGCAGAAAAAGCCAUUAUUUCUACUCAGAGAAAUGCUCUUUUAUUGACCAAACCAAAAAAGGCGACUGAAUAACAGCCUGAAUAGUGGGCAAGGUCACUUCUAGCCGUACGACUUCUCUCUAUGGUAAACAAACCUUACAAAGUCUCACACAAAGUAACUUGAUAAAAUACAGCCAACACAUAAACACAUUUUAAACUGAUAAAGAACAACACAAACAAUAAGUGCAGCAACAAUGUCCUGUUCACGGAGGGUUGGGGGGUGGGGGUUUCAGGCCAGAAUCCAACAGCCUCCUCUGAAAAACAGAGUAAGUGGCAGACACCACAACAUGCAUACUUCCUUGCAAAUACUAAUCAACUCACCACAUUUUACAAUCCUGUUAAAACAUAAAAUUGAAAACUGAAUUGUUGGCCUGCGAUAAAACCUGAAGAAUACCCAAAUAGUGAUUUUAGGUUUUAAAUAUUGACACUUUGAAUGGUUUUCCGAGUGCCUGUGCUCACCUCUGGUUAGUACCAAGUGUGAACAUGGCCCUUGAUUGGGGAUUACUGAUCUGACCUGGUGAAGUUGCCUUAAAAACAACUUUAACCUCACCGUGUACUCUGUCCGCACACACAUAUAUAACUGCUCACAAACACCCACAUACAUGCACCCGGUCUUUCCACAGUGCCUGGAGCCUGCAGAAGAGAAGCUAAACUUCUGAGAAAUGUGGUUAUAGUCCAAGACUCACACACUCAGCAGCACACAAACUCACAAACACUCCCCAGCAUUUGGUCUCUGCGAGGUGGCGCAGACUGCCCCCUCACGUUCCAAAAAGAGUUCACGCUGAAGCCAACAGCAGAGUCUGUGCCAGUCAGCCUUACACACCUCGCCUGGCUUCAUACUGUUUGUGUGUAUAUCCUCACUGUUGGAACAAAACCUCAUUUCUAUAUUUUUUACAUUACAUCAUUUGAAAAUACCAGCUGUCAUUUGCAUUGUGGCAAAAUGUCCUGACUAAUAAAUCAAUAUAAGUGGUCUGGAGUGACUUAAAACAAAAUCUUGUAACAUUAAUUAACAUUCAAAGUUAAGAAUGUUUUUUUCUCUCCUGUAAAGUUUCUUUUUUGGAGAUACAAGGUUUUGUUCCAAAAUCGACAAUAUGUUUGUGGUAUAUGAUGUAUCUUUGGGCGAUGUCUUUAUUUAGAUGAACUGUUGUUGCUCUUCCUUGUAACUGACAGAUGCAGCCUCCUUUUCCUCUCCUAGUGUUCGCAUUCCACUUUUAUAUUCUCUCUCAUCUACCCGCAUUUCAGCUCUCGUCUUCAACUUUUCAUCUCUUUUUCACUCUAUAUUCUAUCAGUAAUCAUCUUAGCCUCAUCUCACCUCUUUUCCCCUCAUCUUCUCUUCAACUCUUCCACCAUCCCUAUGCGGCUAUUCUUUUCUCUGUGUUUUGCCACAAAUCCACUUUGCUUCUCCUUCACAUCUUAAACUUGUCCUCUUCUCAGACUGGAGGCUGAAAUCUGAUGCUGUGUGGGAGUAUAUGUGUGUGUCAGAGAGGGAGAGUUGUGGGGUCAUGAGGAGAUGGAUACUCCGACCCUAGAAGAGAGUUUUAGGAUGUGCCGAAGUCCUCACCUUUGCUUUUCUCAAUAAGCUACAUAAAAUACUGAGCAAACACAGGCUGUCCCAUAACACUGUAUUUCUAUUGAGUGUCAUUUUGCAGGAAUAAAAUCUUUCUCGUCAGAAUGAAUAUGUGAAUGUGUUCUAACUCAAUUUGAGAAGUUGUGAAUUACUUGUUUAAGCACAUAGCACAUUAGGUGUACCAUUAGGGCUGCAUAACAUACUAAAUGUUAGUUAUUAUCACUGUAUUGGAAUACAGGAAUCACAGAAGGCUGCAAUAUGCAAGUGAGCCCUCUGUCCAGUCACAGUGUUUGCAUGGUGUGCUUUGAAUCACGUUAUAAUAAAACUAAUUUCCAGAAUGUCUUGUAUAUGAAAUGUGUUGAUCAAAUCUCAGGCAGACAGUUUAUUAAAAAUUACAUAUAUACACAUUAGAUUAUCACUUGCUAUUUGUUGUUCCUUCAAAGAAAGGUGAACUAUUGAAUAAAAGAUCUUGAAGCACCUCUUGUUGUCCAGCUUAUGGUAUUUUAACCUACACUGUAUUAAUUAUUAUAGGAAAAAAUAACAGCAUUUAUUAAUAUGAUUUUGAAUCUUAGUGUACUGUUGGUCAGAAUAAUUCAGGCCAAUGUUUAAUCAUCUGACUGUUUAUUAAAUAAAAGUUCAUCAAAAAAUCAUACAAGACUACAGAUCUUGACUUAUAGAGUACAUGGCAGUUAACUGCAAACUAAGAAUCUUCAGGCUGCUUCAGUGCUCUGUCUUUGUAUGUGUGUGUAUUGGGCUCAAUAUAGUAUUGGUUCUUCUUUAUCGCAGCAUUGACCUUUGCAGUACUGAUAUCGCAGAAGGCUGCAAUAUGCAAAUGAGCCCUCAAUCAAAUCACAGCAUCUUUUCAUUCUGUGCUUGGAGCAUCUUGGCCAGUCUCAGUUCCAGAUGACUGUUCUCUGGGUUGGGGCAGCAGAAUAUUUGAUUUGUUAAUUUUUAUCACAAUAUUGGCCUUUGCAGAGGCCCUGCAAUAUGCAAAUGAGCUCUUUAACCAUACAGUAACAAAACUGUUCACUGUGGGUAUUAGCAUCCUGACCAAACAUAGAUGUUUCUGAUGUGUUUUUCUGUGGGUAUUUUGAUGAAUGAAGAUGUUCAUGUGAUCCAAAAACAUCAAUGUCUUUUAUUCAAAAUACUGCACACCAAUCUGUAACAACAUUAAGUGCUUACCAAUGUAUUUAGGUAUAUCUAGGGUUCGACAGUGUGCACGUUUGCUACUUCUUUUCGUAAAAAUGAGAUGAGUGCUGUAAAGUGUGAGGCAUCAGGGCUUUGUUUGUAUUAAGUGGAUUAAAAUUAAAAAAAAAAAAUCUGAUUGCUGAAGUAAACACCCUCUCUGACUGAUACAAAAAAUGGAAAAAGAAGCUCAUGUUAAGUUUGCGCUCAUGUUUAUUUCAAAUCAGGAGAACUGGCAAAAACCUUACCCUAGAACCCUGAUAUCACAAGGCAUAUCACAGUAUGUAGCAAUAUAAUGCCAAUAGAUAUGUUGGUUUGUCAGUUCAGCCCCAGUCUGGUGUUCAAGGCAGUCACAUGAUCCAAUCUGUUCAUCGAGUUUAUGAACAAGUUUAAAUAAUUUCAGUUACAUCAUGUCACAUCAAGUGUUUACCAGUAUACCAAGGCUUAUCGCAGUGCAAUAUAGCAAUAUAGUGGCUACAUACUAUUUUGUCCAUACUGCACAGCGUAUAGUGGUAGUGAUUUGAUUCACCACAGGAAUGUACCUUUGGAUCGGUCGCAGGUGCUGGCAAGAGCAGAUUAAGGGUGUAAAUCAAAAGCAGGGCCCGGCAGCACGGCUUGGUUACGCUCACGCACCACACACCUGUCAGAGGAUUAGCCAUCCGAGCGAGUGCUGCGGGAGGGGCGUGACCGAGCUCUAUCACAGGCUAUAGGGUUCCGGGGAAAAUUAAAGAGCAGAAGCCGAAAGUGCCACUCUCUCUUUACUCUGGGUAAGGUGCCCUCUCUCCCCUUACAGUCUACCCUCUGUCAUCUGUUUCAUACACAGCUCCAACUGAUCCCAAUGACGGCCCUCCCUGGACGCUGUGUUCUAUUUAAACACUCCAGUACAGCCGCGGUGACCGUCAUAAUUAUAUCCCCUCCAGCACGACCCAACUGUCUCUCUCAUGUCAACAUGUUUACAUGAACUUUCAGCUAUACAGAAUUCAACAGUUGAGAGACUUGCAGUUCACAGAAGAUUAUCCUAUUUGGUUGCAUAUUUCUAUAACAGUGGCUUUAGGUGUUCUGUGCAAUUAUUUUUCUAUUUAAUACAGUGAGAUAGUAUCAGGGCCACAACAGCGAAUUUAAUUAUCCUGAAUUUGGCUUGUCUAAUUGGUUUAGAAUGCUGAUAAGGGUGCUGCGACUGACGAACACAAUGUUGACUCACACAGAGGAGGGGGACAGGCCCCUAAUUUGGUUUUUAGUAGACAUUUGCUGGCAUUCUAAACAUAGUCAGUCCCAAAAUCCCUCCAGUCACCUAUUUUGGCAUUAACUUAUUAGAGAAUUUAGUUCAGCUGACUGCAGGUCACAUUUGAAACAUAGUGUGCUCUUAGAGUUGAGAGGAACCACUGCAGACAGCCGGACAGACAGCCAGACUUGCUUUGUUUAUUUAUAAAUACAAUAUACAACUCACCGAGUCAAGUCACCGCCGUGGUCAGCGGAAUUCCUACCCUAUAGUUAUGUUCCGUGCUUCUGUCUGACCAAGCCAAUUUCUUGAGUCCAUUUCGAUAGUAUCACCACUUUCUUUGCAGCAGUUUAUUCCUGAAGAUCUGGGUGCUGUAGCAGCUUCACUGCUGGGCUCUUCAUAAAAGAAGAUUUCAGAUGCCUGCUUAUUUUUCCAGGUAUCCUCAGGACAUUUAGGAACAUUGGCUGAGACGAGUAGGACGAUUUUUGUUUCUCUGUGAUAGUGCUUGAAUAAGAUUUGAAGAAGCUUUUAUCUCUAAAUGACACUUACCAAAAUGAUAUGAUAAAAAAAAAUCUCUACAUGAGUGGGUUUUCUCCUUUUCUUGGUUUUGUUUGUUCCGCUGUUGGACUGAUGCAGUUUACCUCUGGAUGGAGAGGAUGACUGAGGCAAUUUGAGCUUUUCUUGACUGUUCUGUAAAACAUGCAGUAGCUCACUCAGGAAUAAAUGCAAGCAGAGCAGACUGAGGUUUGUCACUAUGAAUAGUGGUUAACCAGAGUAUAUCCCGAAAAGGCACUUUUCCCUCAAGCGUUUAGAAUGGAGAAUAUAAUGUUGAAUAUUAUUGUGCUUGGAACUUGGAAUAGGUUCCAAGAAUACGUAGUGACUUGGCAUGUUACAGCUAUUUUAUGACAUUUGCAUUGAAUAACACUCUGCGGGAGUUUCAUAAUAACUCUAGGAGAACAUAUAUAACUGGCCAGGAUGACACAGCAUUUUACUCACACGUACUUGUCUUUGCAGAAGCAUUAUGUUUCAGCUCAACAGCAGAAGUCAACAUGCUAGAAAAGAAAGAUAUAUAUAUAUAUAUAUAUAUAUAUAUAUAUAUAUAUAUAUAUAUAUAGGGGUGCAGUGUUCAAUAUGACAACGAAACAGGAGGCAAAUUACCCUUUCAGCUACAAUUAAGCUGCGUACAGAGUAAUAAUACACAAUGUACAAUUACAUCCAUAAUUUACAAAACUAAAAGCGCGGCAAAAAUCAUACAUAAUAAAGUACAUACAGUGCAGCUUUAAUUUCAUCUCUGAACCUUCUGUACUGUAUCACGUAUUCAUUGUCUGGCACAGUUUGGACUUAAGUGUUACUAUCUGGCUAUUUUUAGGUAGGAAAGGUUAGGUUAAAUCAGGGACUAUAGGUAUAUGUAGUAUUGUUUGUUUUUCAAUAGAGUUACAUGAAAAUAUCAGAAUCAUAUUUGUAUUGGUAGAUAAUUGCUUGAAAAAAAUGACAAUGGAAAGAUCAGAAUGAUUUGACCGAUAUUUUAAACCGAUAUUUGAUGUAUUCAUUGUGCUUUAGAAGAGCAGAAUGUUAAGGUGAUGUUGUGCAACUAGGUUAAAGUAUCUGAAUUUAAAUCAUUUUACUGCAUUUGUAACACCAUAGUAAUAAAUGUUGUAUUUCACUGUAAUGCUUAGUCCUGAUCUCUGCAUUUAAUAAUUGCGUAUGUAUCGGCACCAGCAGAUUUGUACAUAAAGAUUAUCAAGCCCAGAAUUUCAAUAUCAGUACAUCACUAUUUUCCAACAUAGAUUUACAGACAAUAUUCGUGAUCCACUAUAGAAUACUUUCACUGCAAAACCUAGCAAACACGUGGUUUGUCUGAUUCCACAUAUGUUUUUUGUGAAGUGUGGCUCAUUGUAAGGAUGAAGAAAUUUCCUUCCUUUAGAUCAAAGUAGAAAGUGAAAUUGAACAGAUAACAGUGCAGUGAUCUCAUUCGUGGCUCAUUGCAGGCAGUAGAAAUACUGCUCCUUUUUCCUUUAUGAAUUUCCUGCAGCUAAAAAGUGAAACAGCUGAGAUAAACCUUCUCUCAGUGAUGAGGUGGUGAUGUUUCAGGCAUCGUGUUUCAUCACCCUUGUGUCAUAAUUCUUGCUGCAUGCAAGGUGGCAAAGAACAGCAUAGCUCAUGCAUGGCGUAAUGGUAUUGUCCUGUUAGCAAACCUGUGGAUUUCUAAUCUAAUGAUAAUCUGUGGCAAUAGCUGCCUUUUUGCGAGGAUUAAGAAGGAAAUAGGAAAAGUCAGAGUAUGGAGAAAUUAGAUAAUCCCUCAAAGGCUGAAAUGAAUGUUUAAAAAAAUGACAGGAAAGAGUUUGUCCCCAAAUUGCAGAAACAUGUUUGUCUAGCAGUAGAUGAGUGGCCUCUACUGGUGGCAGCUAGCUGGAGUUUAUUAAUGUUAAAAUGCCUCUGUCCAAUUACUGCCUUAUCUAAAAUCACAUGUUCUAAAACCUCUCUCUCCCUCUCUCUCUCUAUGUCUCUCUCUCUCCUCAUCUCUUUCUGUCAGAAGAGAAAGAGCACGUGGUUGUAGGAGUGUGCCAGUACACAUUUAGACUGAGGCUAAAAUAAGCUUCUCCUCAUAAAACCUCCAGUGAGUGAGUGAGUGAGAGAGAGAGAGAGAGAGAGAGAGAGUGAGAGAGCAGCACAAACAGCAAACACGAAGCGAGGGAUUUAGGAGGAGGAAAAGCAGGAAACACAGGCCGGGACAGCUCCAGAACAGCUCUAUCGCUCUAUUCACCAUGAACACAGCACACACACUGACUGCCUUCAGCACUGCUGUCACUCAAAUCAGUACUUCCCCAGCAAGCUGAAGAGCACACGAUGCAUGCAUUCUGUUUUUCUUUGCUGUUUGUUUUAUUUAUAGCAUGCAGCGUGUUUUAUGUUAUUUCCCCUGGUACUGAAGUUAUGUGCAGUGAAGACUUGCAUUAACUUGGCAGCAUAAAUUAUUCAUGAUUUUAAGCUUCAGUUUAAAUCAGAGAUGCACUGACAUGACAUACUGGAUCAGUAUUGACAUCGACACUAACCUUAUUUAUAAACGGAUUCGAUUUUGGUGACCAAAUCCACAUUCAGUACUGUUUCUUAGUCAUGACUGUUAUAAAAUUGUAACAGUACGAUUUUAUAAACCUUCCAGAACAGUAUCAUUUAAACGUUUGUAUCAUAAGAAGAGUCUCUACUUGGGACGUCUGACUUUAUAAUGAAUAUAUAUGUAUACAAUAACUGUAUUUUGAUAUGAUCAAAUAUUAAGAGAAUUUAAAUAAGUGACAAUAUUAUGCAAUAUAUCAUUCUUUUGUUUCACAUACCACAUGAUUUUUUUAAACCAAUUCCUUUGUACAAUCAUUAUAAUCUGUGGUAGAAAGGUCUGCACUUAAUUACAGGCCAUACAAACAGAACAUCACCAGCUCAUUUAGUACACAUGCAUACUUUGAACCCCACAUGGGAAGAUUACAAUGUAGAUUUUCAGUCAGGCAAAGAAUGCAGGGUAAUAUACAAAAGAAAGAAAGAAAGAAUGAAAGAAAGGAAGAAACUCUGGUACAGAGUAUAACUACAGAAUGUAGUUAUCAUUGAAGAUUAUAAAGAAAUAUUUGAUGCUGUCACAGAUGGUGAUUAUACUACCAUCAGUGAAAAUGCAACAUGACGGAUAAGGCUCACAUGUGGAACUUUGUAACUGAAUUUAGAUCACAACGAUGUUGUUUAUCACAAUAAUUCUGCAGACAGUAAUCGUUUGUCUAAAUUUACAUUAUUGUCCAAAGUUAUUUAGAAUUCUUUAUAUUUUUAUAAUGCUGGGGCAGCUUGGUGACCAGGGUCCUUUCUGUGUGGAGUUUGCAUGUUCUCCCCGUGUCUGUGUGGGUUUCCUCCGGGUACUCCAAGUUUCCUCCCAGAUUCUAAAGAAAUGCAGUCAGGCCAAUUAGACAUGCUAAAUUGCCCUUAGUUGUGAAUGUGUGUGUGAAUAUGUAUGUUUGUGUGUCUGCCCUGUGAUAGACUUGUGACUUGUCCAGGAUGUUUCCUGCCUUCCACCAAGUGACCGCUGGGAUAGGCUCCAGCUCCCCCCGUGAACCAGAAGGAUAAGCGACUUAGUGUGUGUGUGUGUGUAUGUGUGUAUAGUGCUGUAUAUUCAUGCAGUUGGCUACUACAAAAGUGCUUUUACAGAGCACUGAAUUGAUAUGGGCCCUAUGGUAUUGGCCAACACUGUGAGUUUGUGUUUCGCAGCCAGUAUCGUGAGAGGUAAGUGUGGAUCGGUGCAUUCCUAGUUUAACUGAAAUGUGCAGUGCUUUCCUAUGCACUGAAGGACUAUUUUUUUGGUAUAAAUGAGAGAUGAAAUAGCUUGCAGGGACGGAGUCACUGUGUUUAUUUAUGCCCCUCAUCCAGCUUCACUCAACCAUCUUUAAUCCCACCUCCCUCUCCCAAUCUCCCAGUCUCUGUCCCAAAGCAGGAUUACUGCUACAAACACACACAUAGAGAGAGAGGGAGAGAGCAAAAUUCUUAGAAAAUAGCAGCUGAUAGUCACAGGGGAUUCAAAGUUUUUUUGACAGACAGUGGGCACUGCAGUUUUACGACCAGGAAUUCUUAGAAAAUAACGAACAAGACAGUCACAGGGGGCUCACAUAGCUCGGGAGGGAGAGACUACAAAAAGAGAGGGAGAGAUAGAGUUAGAGAGAGAGCGCUUAUGCAAGAGGAGGGAGCGUGUGUGUGAGUAGACGGCGGCAGCCUGCGCUGUUUGCAGUGAGCUCAGUUGAUGUGGAAGUGAAGUGUUGUCCGUGUGGCAGCGUUGGCCAGACAGCACAGUCUGAACUCCAGCAGAGCUCUUUGCUUCAGCCAUGCACAUUCUACAUUCACACUGCGUCAUCAGGUGGCUCGAUGGCCCGAAGAGGAAGAGGAAGAACAGUCAGUGUUCGGUGAAGAGCAUGUCUGGGUACAUCCCCAGUUAUCUAGAGAAGGAUGAGCCAUGUGUGGUGUGUGGAGACAAAGCCACUGGCUACCACUACCGCUGCAUCACCUGUGAGGGCUGCAAGGGUUUUUUUCGGCGUACCAUCCAAAAGAACCUGCACCCCUCUUACUCCUGCAAAUAUGACGGCUGCUGCAUCAUCGACAAGAUCACGCGCAACCAGUGCCAGCUCUGCCGCUUUAAGAAGUGCAUUGCUGUGGGCAUGGCCAUGGACCUGGUUCUGGAUGAGGCUAAGCGAAUGGCGAAGCGGCGUCUGAUAGAGGAGAACAGGGAGAAGAGGAAGAAAGAGGAAAUGGUGAAGACUUUGCAUAACCGGCCGGAGCCCACAGGCUCUGAGUGGGAGCUGAUCCGCAUGGUGACAGAGGCUCACCGCCACACUAACGCACAGGGCUCUCACUGGAAACAGAAACGCAAGUUCCUGCCUGAAGACAUCGGCCAGUCCCCAGUAGCUGCUACGUCAGAUGGGGACAAAGUGGAUCUGGAAGCCUUCAGUGAGUUCACCAAGAUCAUCACCCCUGCCAUCACACGCGUCGUUGACUUUGCCAAAAAACUGCCCAUGUUUUCGGAGCUGCCUUGUGAGGAUCAGAUCAUCCUGCUGAAGGGCUGCUGUAUGGAGAUCAUGUCUCUGCGGGCAGCAGUGCGGUACGACCCAGAGAGCGAGACUCUAACACUGAGUGGGGAGAUGGCAGUGAAGCGAGAGCAGCUGAAGAACGGUGGGCUGGGCGUUGUGUCCGACGCCAUCUUUGACCUGGGAAAGAGCCUGGCUCAGUUCAACCUGGACGACACGGAGGUGGCACUGCUGCAGGCUGUGCUUCUCAUGAGCUCAGACCGCUCAGGCCUGACGUGUGUGGAGAAGAUCGAGAAGUGCCAGGAGACCUACCUGCUGGCGUUCGAACACUACAUCAACUAUCGCAAGCACAACAUUCCCCACUUCUGGCCCAAGCUGCUGAUGAAGGUGACGGACCUGCGCAUGAUCGGAGCCUGCCACGCCAGCCGCUUCCUGCACAUGAAGGUGGAGUGUCCCACCGAGCUCUUCCCUCCGCUCUUCCUCGAGGUGUUCGAGGACCAGGAGGUGUGAGCACCGGGAUCGAAGAGAGAGCGCAGCAGGAACCUGCGCUUUUUUUUUACCUUCACCCGACCACCUCCCUCCACCCCCAAACAAACACCACCCCACACCCCUUCUCCCCAUGCGUCAAACUCACCAGCAGCAGUAGCAGCAGUAGCAGCAGUGACCGCAGAGGCAGAGGCGGGGGUCCCAGUCAGGAAGGGGUUCAUUUCUGGGGGUUUUAUUCUGCUUUCGCUUUUUUCUUUUUUUUUCUUGUUUGAAUUACAGAAUGCUCAGUCCUCACUUCCUCCACCCCCCACCUUAGAUCCUCCCUGCCAGUCAGUUUAACCGGUGGCCCUUCUGUCUCUGCGCUUACACCUUAGACUGAUCUACCUGAACCUCAGCUAUGGACACAUAAUAAACACACAUAAUAAACACACACAGACAUCUAACCUCAUGCAAGAACUCUUAAGCAAACAUAAACCCACCCAGCGCACUACUCUCACACCAGCUUCUCAGAGCAGUUCUGUUGUGCAGUGCGUUUGGCUGAGGCGCGUCUGCAGGUCCUCUCCGAUUGGAGGACUUGCUGCUAGACGACGACCUUCGCAGCCCUGCUGAGAAAUGGCAGAGAUUUGUGUUAACCAGUGGUCAGUUCAAUUAAGUAGUAUAAAUAAUCCUGGUACCACUAGUGAUCACCAGUGUCACUCUCUCGUAUACAUCAUGUGAUCGGAUCAACAUUAGCUAUGUCACAUGAUGCCAUAGUUUGUCAAAGCUCUUUGCUAAUCUGGAGCAGACUUGAACAUACCUCAUUACACUCAAACUAAUUACAGUGAGCCUGUGUGCAGAGCAGGAGGAUAUUUCUGAACCAAAUCAGGUGCUAUAUUUAAAUAAAGCUUCUCAAACGGAUUUGGGAUGUUUUAGGAAAUAUGCCCUCCCUCACACACACACACACACACACACACACCCACACACAGAACACAUAGUUCCUUUCUAUGUUUCCUUUCUAUGUAGACUAUUCGAAAUGUACCUGGUCUGCAUUCAGUGCACAUUCAGGGGCACAUCUACAUACACACACACAGUGCAACCUUGGUCUCUUAGUGUGUGGUUCUGCCUUGUCAUUGCCUGGGUUUUCUGUGCCAGCACACAGGCCUGAUCUGAAUGAUAAUUGAGCCCUUCUGUCCUAGGAAAGACACUGCAGCACGCAGGGCGCAGGCGAGGGCUCAGAGAGAGAGAGAGUGAGAGAGCGAAAAGGCUGUCUCACAAACCCAGGUCCAUAGAGACAGUAAGAAAUUUAGGCAGCCUUGGGGGGUGUUCAGAUGAUGCCUUUUAAAACAUGUUGCAUCUCAAAAGAAGCAGGACAGUCUUCUUAGUUGGCAGUCUAACUUGUUUGUCUGACAAGUAGAUGAACAUGAGACAGCAAAAACUGAUAACCAUUUUGAAACUGACAUAGAAAAUAGAAUAUAUAGAAAAAAACUUUUAUAGUUGUAAACUGAUUUCACAUAAAUCCGUUAAUUCAGUUAAUCCAGUGAUGCCCAAACUGGAGGAGCCCAAAAUGAAAUGUUUAUGGUGGGGAAAGGGCCAAAAAACAGAACACUAUACAAAUAUAGAAGAUAAACAUGCUUAAAGUUUAAAAAAAAAAUAAGAUAUAUUUUGUUACUUUUGAAAAUAUUUUAAAACUCAGUUUUAAAAGGAAAAUAAUUUAAGUUAUACUGUAUAAAAUAUGUUUGUUCUCUUUUUGGUUUAAGGGGGUUGGGUCAGGGUAAUUUUAUGGUGGGCCAAAUCAAACCUCCUUGUGGGCUAACUUUAGCUCUUGGACCACACUUUGGGCAGCCCUUA